GGAAAAAUGCCGAAGAAGAAACACAGGGUUCCAGAGCUUCUAUGGCGGCUAUUUCGUGACAGAGCGCGCCCGAUGGCAGAGACGAUAGUUGCUCUACUUCCUCCUCCGCCUCCUUCGCCGGAGGACUGCCUCUGCAAGGGAGUGCACUGCCUUGGCUGCUCGGCUGAUCCCAUGUUGUUUCUUCUUCGACCGGACGAUUCCUCUGACUACCGUAAACUCCUCUGCCGCUGCUUCGUUGUCGUCUCUGACAAUGCACCUUCAUUUUCGUUGUUCAUCCCUCAAUCUCGUUGGUCUCAACGUGAGAUUGUGAGAAGGACCAUAGAAAUGAUGGGUUGCGGAAAGGAACCGUUUUCAGCGGUUGGCAAUGUGCUAGGCUCUGGUUAUGUUCAGAGUAGAUGUUUCAGCCCCACAUUGGAGCUUCUAUCUUGUUCACCUUGGGAUGUUCUGUUAAGUAGGGUUGGGGAUGAUUUAAUGAUUUACCUAUUAAGGAAUACAUCAAUAUUCUUGCCAGUUUCCCACAUGAAAUACCAUCAGGUGGCUGGUCCUUCUGUUAGCGGUCUGUGCCUAAAGAUGUAUAAGUGUUCAUCAAAAUUUGACUCCCGGAUGAAUUUGCUUCCUCAAGGUGAAAUGAGAAAGAAAAGAAAAAGAACUGGUGAUGUUAGCUUAGCAACUGGAAAGAGGAAGUGCUGUAUUUCUGUCAAUGACAAUGAUCCUGCAAGCCCUGUAAGUGGUCCUGACAUCAAUGGUGUCAAGUCUUCAAUACCGCUGGUCAGGAAUCAUGGGACAAGGCAUCCGCAGACAAGUUUUGCUAACAUUCCAAAGUCAACAAUUGGAGCUGAGACUUGUAGGCAUAAAGCAGAGUUAGAAGGGGAAAAAAGCUCAAAUUAUGUUGCAGAUAGGCUUGGAAAGCGUUCAAGGCCAUUUAGUUGGCACCGCCUUCGAAGAUGGAGGCAAUCAAACUUAGAUGAAAAUGGUGUACAUAUCGAGGGCAAUAUGUCUCUUUCUAAAGGGGACUACUUACCUGGGGGUUUUCAUUGCAAUGAAACCAGCUUAGGUCAUCAUGAACAGAUGCCGUGGCAAUGUCCUUGUUGUUUGAUCCUACAAUCAGUUCCAACUUUUCCCAAGAGGACUGAGAUAAACAGACGAUCAAUCUUCUAUAAUUCAGAGCCUUCCUCGUCAGUUCUUCCUAAGAGGCACAUAUUAAAUUCUUUAAGUUCAAAUUUAAUUGGUUCGGAGUAUCUCAUCAGAGAUAUUUAUGGCAUUUCUGAGGUGGAUGUCAAAACUCUGUCAAUGCAUUGCUUCCACAACAGUGGGCCUUGUCUCACUGGCUCUGCAUGCUUUUAUCACUCCCUUGUUAGGUGGCUUAAGCGUGUCAUACGCAGGAGCCACUGUUGCCACUAUGAAAAACUCUUGGAGAAGCAUUGUGCUCUUCCGUCGUGUGAUGAAGAUCCAAGCAAUGUUUCAAAGACGAGAGGGCAAAAGAAAUCGCAUGGUGUUGAUAGAAAUCAGUGCAUGGAUUCUCUGGAAGCAAUUGAUUCACAGCAUGAAGCUGUUAAAUCUUAUUGCUCAAAAAGUCAGGUGGUGUCUUACAUCUGGGCUGUCUCUAGAAGUAUACUACCCCCAGAAUUGUUAGGCGAUCCUUCUCAUUGGAGGAUAAUGACUAGAAACAUUUCCAGGUUUAUACGCCUGAGGAGGUUUGAAAAGUUCCCUUUGAAGCUAUGUAUGCAUAGAUUGAAAUCAUCAACAUUUCCAUUCCUAUCAACUAAAUAUUUCUCAAAUACUCAGAAUGCUCGGAUUCCAAAACAUAUAGAAGGCCACAAUACUGGUCCGCACAAAGACUUUAAUAAUUGGAAUAAUACUCUGCAUGUUAUCAAACGCAAGCUUCUAGAAAGGUGGAUCUUUUGGUAUUUCUCUUCUCUGGUUGUGCCUUUGGUUCAAGCAAACUUUUAUGUUACUGAAAGUGAGCAUGGGAAGCAAGAUGUAUACUAUUAUCGGAAACCUAUUUGGGAGAAGUUGACAAGUAACACAAUCGCUUGCCUGAACAAUCAGAGGUACAGUUACCUGGAUGAAAUGGCUGUUAGGAAUAUUCUCAGAGACAGAGUAUUUGGAUUUUCAAAGCUCAGACUUAGACCAAAAGAGAAUGGAGUAAGGAUGGUGGCUAAUCUUAGUGGUUCUUCUAGAAUGCCAGCCUGCACAUCUUCCAGGAAAGUUCAUUCUUUUAGAAGGUGGAGAAACACAAAUCCUUGUAAAAAUGAAUUUGACUAUUAUCGAUCUGUGAAUUCUGUUCUUCGUGAUGCUCAUAUUAUUCUAAAGGAUAUACAAUUCAGGGAACCUGAGAAGCUAGGUUCAUCAGUUUUUGACUACAAUGAUGUUUAUAAAAAGCUAUGCCAAUUUUUUAUUGGCCUUAAGGAGGGGUCAAAAACUAUGCCAGAUUUUUACAUUGUCACUUCUGAUGUACUAAAAGCAUUUGAUUCUGUUGAUCAAGACAAGCUGCUAAGUGUUAUGAGCGAUGUUCUGCGAAAACAUGAAUAUUUUCUUAAACAGGAUGAUCAAGUUGUUAGCACAAAGGAAUCUUUUUGGGUUCGCAAGCUUUUCAGUGUGCUUGAUGAAAAUAUGAGCACUGGCUGCAAAAGGUUCACCUCAUCUGCUUCAUUCUGUUCCAUGCAUAGCAUCUUUGUUAGUAAGGGGAGUGUCAAGCACGUGGAAAACAAAGUGCUCCUUUCAUAUCUUAAGCAGCACGUGAAGAACAAUAUUCUGCAGUUAGAAGGAAAAUUUUACUUGCAAGGUGUUGGUAUUCCCCAAGGAGGUAUUUUGUCAUCUUUGCUUUGCUCCUUAUACUAUGGACAUUUGGAGAGGCAUGUGAUCUUUCCAUUUCUUGAAAAAACUAUUGAAUCUGGCAGUUCCAAGGUAGAAUGUGCUUUGAACAGGAGGAAUGAUGACAAAGUCUCUUCUCCAUGUUAUUUGCUAAUCCGACUUAUUGAUGAUAUCCUUUUUAUUUCGACUUCAAAAAAGCAAGCAGCUGGCUUUUUCUCUAGGCUGCAAAGAGGAUUUCGUGAUUACAACUGCUACAUGAAUGAAAAAAAGUUUGGAGUCAACUUUGAUGUUGGGCAAAUGUCAGGAUCCUCAGGGAGGAGGGUUCAUGUUGGUGAAGAUGGCACUUCAUUUCUUUGCUGGAGUGGUCUUCUUAUUAAUCGCUGUACCUUGGAAGUUCAGGCAGACUAUACAAAGUACUUAAAGAACCAUUUGCGCUCAACACUUACUGUCUGCUGGCAAGGGAAACCAGGCCUAAGCUUUCAGGAGAAGCUUUGUGGCUUUUUGAGACCCAAAUGUCAUCCCAUAUUCUUUGACUUGAAUAUCAAUUCAGCAGCUGUUGUCAGAUUGAACAUCUAUCAAGCAUUUUUGUUUUGUGCAAUGAAGUUUCAUUGUUACAUCUGUGAAUUAUCAAUCAUCUGCAAACUUCACAAGAGAUUUUGUUUAAAAAGUAUUAAAAGAUCUAUCAGUUAUCUGUACGAGCUCAUAAAGAAAAGGAUGCAUUCCAUGACUCCUCACUGUAAUUUCCGGCCAAUUCUGAGGUUGGAGAAGGACGAAGUUGAGUGGCUUGGGCUUCAUGCUUAUGUACAAGUAUUGAAGAGAAAGGAAUCACGUCAUAAAGAAGUGCUGGCUAUUCUGAGAUCAAGGUUGCUUUCACAUAGGAUAUCUUCAAGUGUGUCUCCUGAGCUCUUGCAUGCAGUCAAUGCAUCAAAUUCCUCUGUUCUUUGGAAUAUUAAGUACUGAUUUCUUACAGAAUUCAGCAACUGAAGGUUGUUCUUUUGGUUGUUUCCGCUCAAAUUGGAGUGGAAGGAAAAGGAAGCUGGUGAGAUGUAGAAAAUGGUGUUUGUGGGCAUGGGUUGCGAAAGUGACAAGAAGAAGAUUAGUGGUUGGAAAAUGGGAGAUUUAUAGCACUUCACUUGAAUAUUGAGGCUUAACAUGUAUAUUGUGAGGCUAAGGACUAUGUUAAUUGGCUUGCAAAGAUGAUGAUGCAAUUGUGGUUGGAAAAUGGGAGAUUUGUAGCACUUCACUUGAAUAUUGUGGUUUAACAUGUAUAUGGUGAGACGAAGGACUAUGUUAAUUGGCUUGCAAAGACUGAUGGUGCAAUUGAUAGUUAAUUUUGUUCUUUUUGUGCACCA